UCCCUCGGGGUGGGAUGAAACAAGCACGCCCGGGCUCAGCCGGCGGCGGGUGGGGAGGUGUGUGUGGCUGGGAGAGCCGCUGCUUUUGGGGGAGGGAGCAGCACAGCGCCUAUAUCCACCGCUGCGCCGGCAGCCUCCCUGGCACAGCUGGGAGGUCCCGGACCGAGCAGUGACCCCUGCAACCAGCUGCCUGCGGAGCUGGGGGAGCGCCCAGUCCUCCCUCCCUGGCGAUGGGCACUGGCUGGGACGUGUGCGUGCUCCUCUCCACAGCACUGCUUGCCACUCAGGCUUUCCCCCAGACAAACAUAAAGAUCAGCCAAGCCAUGCCGGAGCCCGUCCACGCCUACUCCUGCCCACUCUUCUGGACAGAGUACGAAGGCCAUUGCUACCGGUACUUCCCCAUCAACAAAACCUGGGCUGAAGCCGACCUCUAUUGUGCUGAGUUCUCCAUUGGCAUUAGAUCAGCCAAGCUGGCCUCCAUCCACAGCUGGGAAGAAAAUGUCUUCGUGUACGACCUGGUGAACAGCCGUGUGCCAGGCAUCCCCACCGACAUCUGGACGGGGCUCAACGACCUGCGGCAGGAGGGUCACUUCGAGUGGACGGACGGCUCCUCCUACGACUACCACUACUGGGACGGCAGUCAGCCAGAUGAUGGGAUCCACUCCAUCCCGGAGGAGGAGGACUGUGUGCAGAUCUGGUACAGGCACAGCAGCGGUGAGUGCCGUGCCAGGCAUCGAGGGCACCUUAAGUCUUAUUUGCAUGUCAGUAAAUUCAAUCCACUGCGGCUUAUGCUUUUCUGAAGAGGUUGCUGGCAGGCUGAGGGUUUGCAUUUUAAUUUUUAUUACUAUUUUCUUUGUAGUUUGCAGAGAAAGGAUGUGUUUUCUCUUUCACCAUGCACAUACACACGCACACACACACACAAACACUUGCUUUCCCUCAGCUCACAGCCCAUCUCCCUCUUCCAUAGUGGCAGCAGGAGGGGAGCAUCACCCACUUUGAAGAAUUACUGAAUUUAGCCAAUGGUCAAAGUUUGCAAUUUUCCCUCCCACGUGCAGCCAAUGGAAGUACCCCUCAGUUUGCCAGCUUUUCCCUCCCUCGCUCAGGCCCCACUUGCUGAAGUAGGGCAAGACCCCGCUUGUGCAAAAAUCUCACUUCACGCCCUCAUCUCCAGUGAGACCAGUCAGGUGUAUCCAGAUCCUGUGGACAUACCUAAACGCCCCAUCCACGUGUGACCUGGUGAUAUUUUGUGCAGUACGGGGCUGUGUUUGCAGCGGCCUCACUGCUCCCAUGUUUGAGCUGGGGCCAGGCAUCCCUGCCAGCAUCCCCAGGAUGGGGAUGGAGAUGCUGGGAGAAGGCAUAGCUGGGAGCAGCCCAAAUGGGAGGACAGCCAGGGAAAGCCCCCACAGUGGCAGGAGGUCCUAGUCCCAAGGUUAGUGCAUGUUACCUCCUCACACCUUUUUUCAGCUAAUGCCUGGUUUGUUUUUGUUUUGUUUUGUUUUGUUUUGUUUUGUUUUGUUUUGUUUUGUUUU